AUGUCAUCUUCAAAAUACAAACUACCCAACUCUUCCUUGGCCUCAUAUGAAUCUUCGAAACCUUAUCCGCAGUUGGACGGACACUCCGAUAGCAGACGAAAUAUUCCUGAAGGCGGACUUGCUAAAGAUAAUGUUUCAGUGAUGACUAUUAAACCACAGGAUAACACACUUCCGACUAUCACAGUCAAAGCUCCUUUACCUUCACCAACCCUUUCGACCUUUUCUUUUUUGGUCUCUUUCGAAAAAUUUCACGUGACCGCUGCGUCUAAAGCAGGUUAUAACAAGAUCUAUGAACUUAGGCGUUCAAAAAGUUUCUUUUUUGAGGUUGUCGAUCAAAUACCAGACACCAAUGAAAUUCACCUUAAAAUAUACACAAACGAUCAUCAUAUGUUAUCAACCCCAAUUCGAUUUUACUUUGGUAUCUACGUAGCUUGUAACCAUCUACUUACAAAGAAGUUUCCCCAUCAGAAAGCAACACUAUGCCAUAUACCGUGCCCUUUUGUUAAAAAUUUUAAUCGACACGCUUGUAUCCAACAUCAUUCACUCAUCACUCAUAAUGCAAAUAUACCUUUAGAGGUUGAGGCGACAUCAACACCUACGAUUAACAUCAUUCAUCAUAAAAGCUUUCACGCUAAUGUUAUCUAUGAGAAAUAUAACAGUAACUCGAGGCAAAAAAUUUUUUCAAAUCGAUUGGGUAUCUCUUAUACAACACGUUAUGACGCACACGAUCUCAAUCUAAUUUUACCUCCUAAUAAGGCUAUUGGUUCUAUGUACACCAAGAUUUAUGAAAAUUUUUCUCGUACGAUAAGUUCUAAUCCACGUACAGCUGUACGCCAAAAAGCUUAUUUUGACCGAUCUUGUCGACGUAUUUUUAGUAGUAAUAAACCUAAAUCUGGGAUGGCUCUUAAACUCCGCCAUAAGAUUAGACUUGCAAAUCAAAGGAAGUUUCUUUUCUAUCCGUAUCAAAAGAUUUGUAAACGUCUCCCUCACUUAAAAUUUAAUAUGGGAUUAUUUAAACGUUUCCCAACUGUUCCCUUAUUCCGCUUUCCAUACGACCGGAACUGCGCUCUUCUACACUUAUAUGAAGAUAGGAUUCUUCCUUCUCACAUUACUCCUGGAUCAAGCUGGGUUAUCAAGAAUCAGGAUUCAGAUGAAGAGGAUGACUCUUCAGCCGAUAAUGGCAGGGAUGAUACAUCAGAAAACUCCUAUAGGGAUUGGUAUAUCACAAAUCUUAUUGAUGAACACUAUGGCAAAGGUGCAUCAGAAUAUAUAGAUGCCAUACAAUUAUUAGAGGACUCCACAAUUCAACUAUCCUUGAGAGACGCAUAUAUGUUAGGUUUAAACGAAGAUUGCAUUGCUGAGAUCAAAGCUCGUGAUCGUCUUAACGAAAGGGUAAAUGUCAUUAAAGACAUUAGGGAUCACAAUACUUCUGCUAAACACUACCUUAGACGUACAAAUGCUAUGGAUUUUUUCACUCAAAUGAAUGACAAUUUUAAUGAUCGUAUGGCUAAUAUCCGCAUAUUUGCGUAUGGUGCACAUAUGAAGAAAGGCAUCAACAAACGAUCUGUUGCAUCAAAACGUCUUAAUAAUUUGAUAACAGAUUUUGGUGAAAAAUACCGGGUCGAAUACCCCUCCAAACGGUACCGUGCUAUUAUCCGACCUAAUAACGUCGAAUAUAUAAAAGAUGAUCUCAGUGAUACCUCCGACGACACGAAGAUAUUAGAACGUCGUCCAAAAAAACGUCGCGCCAGAUAUACUCAUUAUAAUAAUUAUGGAGAUCUUAUACCUCUAACAAAAAAACUUUGUAUUUUCGACUGUAGGGAUACCAAAGAAGAAGACUUCUUACCCUCUAAUAUAGAUUUAAUUUUUAAAUUUCGUGUUUGA